AAACGCCGCUUAAUCCUCCAUGGCAACGGGGAUGAUAGUUUGAUGGGGAGCAGGAUUGGUCAACAGCAGCUGACCGCGCCCUCAACCCAUAUAAGCUACCUACCAAACUAUUACCAUCAAGUGUCGAGGGAAUGACGGCUCUGCUGCUGCUGCUGCUGCUGCUGCUGCUGCUGAUGCUGCUCUCGGUGCGGCGGAGGAGAGAAAGCAUCUUUGUCUGACUGUACGGAGAAGGUCUGGGCUUCCCUGCCUGCCUGCCUACAUCGACACAGCAACAUCUAAAGAUAAGAAGACUAUCAUUCUGAAGACAAAGGUCGUAGAUUCAUCUGCCGCAUCCAUCUCUGCUCAUUUUAGGAUUUUUUUUUUUUUUAAUGUAUUUUUUUUUGCCUGGCUGGAAUAUUGUGAAUCCUCGCCGUAUCCAUGUGUCGGAUCGCUGGAUGAUGCACAGGAUGUUGGGAGGCUAAGAAGAAUGGAGGCUGUACCUAGGCUGUGUGCCUAGCUAACCCAUGGAGAACUAACAGGAACAGCACUGGAUGGAGGCCAAGACAUUGGAUGGCGAAGACGAGGAAGCACACAGUAUUGUGGAUCAGUUGUGGUGUUUAUUCUCUUUCUCAGCCGACUCAAAGUAGUUGCAAAAUAUUCUGCAAUGUGCCUCAUUAGUUCACUCUGGCAUGCGUAUGCUGUGGAGCGAUGGCAAGAAGAAUCAGGGUAGAGAGUCAAAGCUAAAGAAACUCAUACAUGUGGAAUUUGACGUCGUAUUCCUGCCAAUUUUAGGGUGAUAACAAAAAGUGUAAACAUCAGAUAACAUUUCUUCACACAGCUGUGCCAGGAAAACAUAUAUUAGAAAUCACAGAGAAGGGAGAAGAGCUAUAGACAGUUUGCAUCAUGGGUAGAUGUAAAAGCAAAGCCUCCUGGUUGCUGUUGUUAGCUGGGUUGUUGUUAACGGGAAUGGCUUUGAAAUACGAUGGGGGUCCUGGACAGUGGACUCGUUAUGCCCAAUGGGACGCAAAGGCGACAGGUGAGCUCAGCUUUAUUCUGAAAACCAACAUCAGCAAAGCCCUGGUGCUCUAUCUGGAUGAUGGAGGGAACUGUGACUUCCUGGAGCUUCUAAUUGCAGACGGGAGGCUUCAGCUGCGCUUCACCAUCCAUUGUGCUGAACCAGCAUCCCUGCACACAGAGACCCGUAUUAAUGACCAGCGUUGGCACAGAGUCCUCCUCUCCCGUAAUUACAGAGAGACCAGGCUGGUGGUGGAUAAUGAAGAGAAAGUGGCCGAGGUCAAGUCCAAGAGGAAAGAGAUGGUGGUGGCCAGUGACCUCUACGUGGGGGGGAUCUCACCAGAUGUGCGCCUCUCUGCCCUGACGUCCAGCACAGUUAAAUAUGAGCCACCGUUCCAGGGCCUUAUAGCCAACUUGAAACUGGGAGAGGCAUUACCACUGCUGCUGGAUGGCCAAGGUGUUCUCAGUGAUUUGGAGUACAUAUGUGACAUACACUCACCCUGCAACAACAAAGGCCAGUGCUCUGUGAGCCAAGGAGAGGUCCUGUGUGACUGUAUCAAUACCAACUACAGGGGAAGGUACUGCCACGAAGGUGUGCAGAAAGAAGUAGAAGGUCUGGCGCACCUGAUGUUAAAUCGCCAAGUUUUUCGCCAAGGGCAGGAGGAGUCUGUGGCCACCUUUAAAGGCAAUGAGUUCUUCAGCUACAAUCUGUCUCAGACGCCCAUCCAGAGCAGUUUGGAUGAGAUCACGCUGUCCUUCCGUACCCUCCAGAGGAACGGCCUUCUGCUUCACACGGGGAAGUCAAGCGACUAUGUCAACCUCUCCCUGAGGAACGGAGCUCUGUGGCUGGUCAUCAACCUGGGCUCUGGUGCAUUCGAGGCCCUGGUGGAGCCCGCCAGCGGCAAGUUCAAUGAUAAUGUCUGGCAUGAUGUUCGAGUGACGCGCAACCUCCGCCAGGUCACAAUCUUGGUGGACGGGAUUCUCACAACCACAGGCUACACUCAGGAGGACUACACCAUGCUGGGCUCUGAUGAUCUCUUCUACAUUGGGGGCAGUCUAAACACAGCUGACCUGCCAGGCUCUCCCGUCAGCAACAACUUCAUGGGCUGUCUGAAAGAUGUGGUCUACAAGAAUAAUGAGUUUAGACUGGAACUGUCACGGCUGGCUGAGCAGCAAGACCCUAAGAUCAGUAUCCAUGGUGACCUGAUAUUCAGCUGUGAGAGUGUGGAAGCCCUGGAGCCGGUCACCUUCGACACGCCGUCUGCCUACUUGACUUUGCCCAGGUGGAACACAAAGAAGACAGGCGCAAUAUCUUUUGACUUCCGCACCACUGAGCCCAGCGGCCUGCUGCUGUUCAGUCAUGGCAGCCUGCAGGGUACGCAGCCCAACAGGAAGCCCCGAGCUGAUUUCUUCGCCAUAGAGCUGCUGGAUGGCUUCCUCUACCUGGUUAUGGACAUGGGCUCUGGCAGCAUUAAGAUGAAAGCGAGUAACAAGAGGCUUGAUGAUGGCGAAUGGUGCCAUGUGGACUUCCAGAGGAAAGGACGAAACGGAUUUAUCUCUGUGAACAGCCAGAGCGUCCCCUUCUCUGCCAAUGAAGGCAGCGAGAUCCUUGAUCUAGACAGGGACAUGUAUCUCGGAGGUCUACCCGAAGACCGCCAGGCCGUCAUGCUCCCUCCUGAAGUGUGGUCGGCCUCUCUGGGCCUGGGCUAUGUCGGCUGCGUGAGGGACCUUUUUAUUGACGGACAGAGCCGUAACCUGUGGAGACUGGCGGAGGUUCAGAGCGCUGCAGGUGUGAGCAGCUUCUGCACCAGAGAAACCCAUGUCAGGUGUACCAGAGACACCUGUGCCAACGGUGGGCAUUGCAGAGAAGGUUGGAACCGGCACAUUUGCGACUGCAAUGGUACUGGCUACCUUGGUCCCAGCUGUGAGACUGAGGCCACAAUGGUGAGCUAUGAUGGUAGCAUGUAUCUGAAGGUGGUGCUGCCAAGGACGCUGCACACAGAAGCUGAGGAUGUGUCCCUGCGCUUCAUGUCCCAGAGGGCCUUUGGGCUGCUGAUGGCUACCACCUCCCAGCAGUCAGCGGACACACUGCGUCUGGAGCUGGAUGGCGGCAGAGUGAAACUCACUGUGAACCUGGAUUGUAUCAGGAUAGACUGUAAUCUCAGUAAGGGACCAGAGGUACUCUUGGUAGGUGAGAAGCUGAAUGACAAUGAGUGGCACACAGUGAAGGUGGUGCGGCGUGGGAAGAAUUUGCAGCUAUCUGUGGAUAAUGUCACCGUGGAAGGCCACAUGACUGGUGCCCACACCCGUCUGGAGUUUAACAACAUAGAGACUGGUAUCAUGACGGAAAGGCGAUUCAUCUCUGUGAUGCCAUCCAACUUCAUCGGCCAUCUGCAAGCCCUGUCCUUCAAUGGCGUGCUCUAUCUGGACCAGUGCAAGAACGGGGACAUUUCAUACUGCGAGCUGAAUGCUCGAUUUGGCAUGAGGCAUAUUGUGGCCAAUCCUGUAACUUUUCUCACCCAAGCUAGUUACUUGGCCUUCUCCACUUUACAGGCCUAUGCCUCCAUGCACCUUUUCUUCCAGUUUAAAACCACUAGCCCUGAUGGUCUGAUACUUUACAACUCUGGCGAUGGCAGUGAUUUUAUCGUUGUAGAGUUAGUUAAAGGGUAUAUUCACUAUGUUUUUGACUUGGGAAAUGGUCCAUCACUAAUGAAGGGAAACUCUGACAAGCCACUCAAUGACAACCAGUGGCACAAUGUGGUGAUCUCCCGUGACAGCAACAAUGUGCACAUCCUGAAAAUAGAUUCCCGCACCGUCACCCAGCACGCCAAUGGGGCCCGCAACCUGGAUUUGAAAGGUGAGCUGUACAUUGGUGGUGUUGGAAAGAGCAUGUACAGCAGUCUGCCCAGAUUAAUAGCAUCGCGUGAAGGGUACAAGGGUUGCCUGGCAUCUGUGGACCUGAAUGGGAGACUUCCUGACCUGCUGGCAGAUGCCCUCCACAAGGUGGGAGAGGUGGAGCGAGGCUGUGGAGGUCCGAGUACCACCUGCACAGAGGACUCCUGCUACCACCAGGGAGUGUGUCUGCAGCUGUGGGAGGGUUUCUCUUGUGACUGCACCAUGACCACCUAUGGCGGACCUUUCUGCAAUGACCCUGGUACCACAUACAUCUUCGGGAAAGGAGGGGCUCUCAUCACAUACACCUGGGCGCCCAAUGAGCGGCCAAGCACCCGCGCCGACCGGUUAGCUGUGGGUUUCAGCUCUCAGCAGAAAGAUGCUAUCUUGGUGCGAGUGGAGAGCACCCAUGGGCUCGGAGACUAUCUUCAGCUGCACAUAGAUCAAGGAAAAAUUGGUGUUAUCUUCAAUGUGGGCACAGAUGAUAUUACCAUUGACGAGCCUGCUGUCAUAGUAAACGACGGCAAGUACCACGUUGUACGCUUCACACGCAGCGGUGGCAAUGCCACACUCCAGGUGGACAACCAUCCGGUCAUUGAGCGCUAUCCCCCAGGACACUAUGAUAAUGAACGACUGGCUAUUGCUAGACAAAGAAUCCCAUACAGACUUGGUCGGGUAGUUGACGAGUGGCUACUCGAUAAAGGGAGACAGUUGACCAUCUUUAACAGCCAGGCAGCCAUUAAAAUUGGCGGUCAUGAUAAAGGUCGGCCCUUCCAGGGUCAGAUAUCGGGGCUUUACUACAACGGUCUGCAGGUGCUCAAACUGGCAGCAGAAAAUGAUCCCAGCAUUCAAGUGGAGGGAAACCUGCGCCUGGUUGGAGACUCGCUGUCGGUGCUGACCACAGACACAACGUCUGCCACCCCACUGGCUGUGUCUGACAUGUCUACCACAAUCAUGGAAACUACCACCACUAUGGCUACCACCACCACCCGCCGGCAGCGCUCACCCAGUCUGAGGGAGAGCAUCUCAAAGCCGCAGAACUCUGAUGAUAUUUUGGUGGCAUCAGCAGAGUGUCCCAGCGACGAUGAGGACCUGGAGGAGUGUGAACCGGGAACAGGAGGUGAAUUAGUGUUGCCUAUAAUAACAGUGGAUUCCCUUGAGCCCCCAUCCAUCGCCACCCGUUUCCCCGUCAUCCCUCCUCCUCCUACCAUCCUCUCCCCACUCGAGACCACCAAAGAGUCCCUUAUACUCCCUCCCCAUCCUUCCUGCCCCCCGGACCAGGAGGACUGUGGUGACCCUGUGGAGGUGUCGGCCUUCGGCUCUGGGGAAAUGACGGAAUCAGAUGACGAGGACUUUUACAAUAAUAACUCCCCCAUGGUCACUGACAGGACAGUCCUUCCUCCACCCCCAGCUGCUGGUGAGGGUGGAGUCCAGAAACCCCGCCCCCUACCUCCUUAUGUCCCCACCACCAACCCUGACCAGCUCCACAUCCCUGCAGGCAAAAUGAACACCCGUGACCAGGUGCUUCUGCCCCCUGCUCCUCCAUCCUCACGAAACACACCAGGACUAACUUACCCCCCCAAUUUUCCCCAUGUGCCCACAGCCAACCCCACAGCCUCUGAUGAUAAGAGCCAACCCGGUGCCGUGGAGGUGAUCAGGGAGUCCAGUAGCACCACGGGGAUGGUGGUUGGUAUCGUGGCUGCUGCUGCUCUCUGCAUUCUUAUCCUCCUCUAUGCCAUGUACAAGUACCGCAACCGGGACGAAGGCUCCUACCCGGCAGACCAGGGCCACAAUUUUGCCAACAAUUCCACUGUUGAGGGCAACGGAGCAGUGGUCAAAGACAAAAGCACACCGACGGCCUCUGUGGCCAAGGCAAUCACAAAGGGCAAAAAGAACAAAGACAAGGAAUACUACGUCUGAAGGAGGAGAGUAGGCAAGUGUGGACAGGGAUGCCAGGAUGAGAGAGGAUGCUUUUGUUUUGCUUCCCUUAUUUGUCAGGUCGACCAUCAGAGAAGUUCCACAGGACACAAAAAACAACUGUUCAAAGCAAUUGUACGAACAGUUACAUAUUCUUCAAAAGUCGAGGUUGCCCGGUUCCUGUUCGUGUUAAAAAAGAUCUGACUCAUCCUCUGUGUCACAACGUACACUCAGACUGCAUUCACCGGUUCUUUGUAUGUGUAUCAUUUUUAUGUUUUUAACAAGCUUGGAAGAGACAUAUCCACUCUGGCUUUGUAUAUAGCAUGGAUAUGACUCAGUGAAGAGAGCGCUGAGAACAUCCAGACAGAUUUGCCUAAAUGUUUUCUUUGUACUUCUUUGUAAUGUUCUAUCUCAAGUUUCCGUGUCCCCAUUAUGAUAUAUGAGGCAGAACAAACCAGUUGUGGAAUUUUUAUGGUAGACGAGUCGAGAGCACCCCAACAAUUCUGACUACACUUGAUAAGAAAGUCUGUAUUUGGACAAGACAUCAUAUCUGCAGCUUCCACAUCAUGUUACGUGGUUUCAUAACUCCCCAGUCACUCUGCAUCUGUCCACAAGAUGAUGUUAAAAUUGCUGGCGCAGUAUCACAAAUGAAGCAUGACAUUUAGCUCUCUGAUGAAAAAAAAUGGCAUUUAAAAGGGAUUAUAAAAUCACCCAAUGUACUCUGCCCAGUGAUCGUAACAAUAUGAUGGAUCAGAUAAUUUUUCAUGUGAGAUAUCAUAAGUGUGCCACACCAUUCUGAGUAGGGAUACUUGUGAAAAAGUCAGUCCACACCAGUGAAAGUAUUUCUCUGUAAACAUUGCUCAUGUGUACAUAUAGAGGUUAGGAGGUCAAAAGCAAGGGGAUAGAUAUGAAGAAGAAUUAACGUCUGAGAUGCUCUGCCCCACCCCCACAGCUUUUACGAUACAAAAUCACAGUGGCUCGAACUUCACCGGCGUUUUCAUGAACACAGAAUCAUGUUUGAAGAAGUGUUCGUGGUUGAAAUGGAGAACCUACAGCCUCACAUGAAGAGGUCAGCUCACUCGUUUCUUUUCUCAAAACUGUCAUGGGAUAAUGCAAAAGCACACAGAAAAUGUAAACAUAUCUUUGAGACAUAGAUAUUCCUUGUAAAACAGCCAAACAUGUAUUGUUUUUUCUAUCAGUUACUGAAGACUAUUCUAUGAGAUGACUAAUUGAAGGUUUGUGAAUUGUAUUGAUAUUUCUCUGAUAUUUCAAUGUAUCUUAUUACCACUCCUCUUAACAUGUUACAUUUUAGAUUGCCUUUUACUUAAAUCCAGACAAAAAGCACACUUUUCCUCUGAUAGCUGCAAACAUUUUGUUUCUUUUUGCAUUAUUUAAAGAUCAGAUUAUGCAGAGAAAACACAACGAUGGAACAAACAAAUGUUUUGUUUUGUUGCAUUGUACAUUUUAUAUGUGCUGAAUCUGUUACUCAUGGGAUCUGAUAAUAUAAAGCCAUUUUCUUUGUUGAGUUAUGUCUACAUUUACUUAUUCAUGCUCUGUGAUUUCCUCUUAUUUCUUAUGAAAGUGCCAUUCAACAUGAGCGGCUCUGUGCUCAGAAAAAUUCCAUUCCUCACUCAUUGCUAUUGUAUAGUGUUCAUGUGAAAUGGAUCUUACUAUGUGUACAGAACGUGGAUAAAGAUGAAAAUACACUUGAUUAUAUACUUUGUA